AGCAAAGAUUUGCAUAGUCCACCUUCUCAGAACUCACAUAAAUCUGUGUGAAUUCUGAGUUUAUUUUGCACAUUUUCCUUUGCUGAUUCUCUGCCUCGAUGUCACAGGAGAAAGAAAAAGAGACAAUGGAGCUGAAGUGGAAUUUGAUGGACCGUGAGACAGCUUCCCAAGUGAGAGGAAUUGCUCUGUUCAAGAGUACCUGUGAUUACUGGAAUAAAAUCUGGGACUUCCAAGCCAAACCUGAUGAUGUACUCAUUUCUUCCUAUCCUAAAGCAGGAACAACAUGGCUACAAGAGAUUGUAGAUAUGAUACACAAUGAUGGAGAUGUUGAAAAAACAAGACGAGCUCCAAUAAACAUACGAAUGCCUUUUAUUGAAAGGAUAAACUCGCGCUACGUUGGACUGGAUCAGGCUAAUGCAAUGCCUUCACCAAGAUUCCUAAAAACCCAUCUUCCUGUCCAACUACUGCCUCCAUCUUUUUGGAAAGAAAACUGUAAGAUAAUUUACGUGGCCAGAAAUAUCAAGGAUAACAUGGUGUCCUAUUUCCAUUUCCAAAGGAUGCAUAAAGGAUUUCCAGAUCCAGGAAGCUGGGAAGAGUAUUUUGAAACAUUCUUGGAAGGCAAGGGUUUAUGGGGAUCCUGGUAUGACCAUGUAAAAAGAUGGUGGGAAGCAAAAGACACUUACCCCAUUCUCUACCUCUUCUACGAAGACAUUAAGAAACAUCCAAGGCGGGAAAUUGAGAAGGUGAUGGAAUUCCUGGGGAAGAACCUGGAUGAAAAAGUUUUAGAUAAAAUUGUCUAUUAUACUUCAUUUAAUGUAAUGAAGAAUAAUCCCAUGUCGAACUAUACAUUCGAGCCCCUAAUGAAUCAUUCGGUAUCCCCAUUCAUGAGGAAAGGUGUGAUUGGAGACUGGAAAACUCAUUUCACUGUAGCCCAGAAUGAGAGAUGUAAUGAAGACUAUAGGGAAAAGAUGGCUGAUACUAUGCUCUCUUUCUCCAUGGAAUACUAAGAAGGAAAAUUUGGGAUUGAGACAAAAUGAUGAAGAAUUUUGUACUCACCCAAAGCUUUAAAGUUGAAGAGAUUGCCACUAACUAUACAAUAUUCUCAUAACAAUGACUUAAAAUGAGGAAAAAUUUUAGGCUCACUUUUCUAAGCCCUUUUUAGAUUAGUCUCCACUGGCUCCAAUUACCCCAGGAAGUAUCCUAUUUUUUUAUGUCCCUCUCCAUAGAUCUUUAACAUAGGUGCCUUUCCAUAAUGCUACUCAUAAUAAAAUUGAAUUUAGUAUA